GGAAAGUCUUUCACAGGAUGACAAGGCUUUCCGAACAAGUACUUGGAACAACGACGAUUAAAUUAUUGCAAAGCUUUUAUUAAAUAUAAAAUGAAUCCGGUCAUUGAUGUCAAAUCUGAAGCAGACUUUCAACAGGCCAUCAAAAAUGCAAAAAAAGAACUAGUAGUUGUGCAUUUCUGGGCACCGUGGGCAACACAAUGUGAACAAAUGAAUUUGGCCAUGGAAGAACUGGCAAAGCAGUUUGUAAGAGUUCACUUAAUCAGAUUAGAAGCGGAGGAAAUACCUGAAGUAUCACAACAUUUUGAAAUAGUUGCUGUACCGACUUUCAUUUUUAUAAAAAAUGGACAGAAAAUUGACCGAUUGGAUGGUGCCCAUGUUCCAGAGCUUGAAAAAAUGAUCAAGAAAAAUCUGGAUGCCAUCGCACCAAUCACCGACUCAAUACAAACUAGCAAAGAGAUGCUUGAUAAUAAAUUAAAACGACUUAUCAACUCAGCUCCUUGCAUUUUAUUUAUGAAAGGAUCUCCAGAAACACCCAGAUGUGGAUUCAGCAAACAAACUAUUGCUUUAUUGCAAAAAUACAACGCAGAGUUCAGUACUUUUGACAUAUUAGAAGCACCCGAUGUUCGACAAGGUCUGAAAGAGUAUUCUAACUGGCCGACGUAUCCCCAACUGUACAUCAACGGCAAACUCAUUGGCGGCUUGGACAUACUUAAAGAAAUGGAUGAAGAAGAUGAGCUUGAUGAAAUGUUACCAAAACCAACUACAAAAGAGAGCUUGGAAGAUCGACUUAAAAAAUUAAUAAACCAAGACAAAAUUAUGCUUUUUAUGAAAGGAGAACCAGAUGCUCCCAGGUGUGGAUUUAGUAAGAAGAUUGUUGAAAUUUUGAAAGAGAUUGGAACCAAAUUUGGGCACUUUGAUAUACUCACAGAUGAUGAAGUAAGGCAGGGUUUGAAGACUUUUUCUAAAUGGCCAACAUAUCCCCAAAUUUAUGUUAAAGGAGAACUUCUUGGUGGACUAGAUAUCAUUCGCGACAUGCAAGAAGAUGGAGAAUUAGAAGAUGCAUUGAAGACAGACUAAAAUAUGUUCACUGUUAUUUUUUAUAAUGUGCCUUCUGAGGAAACUUGAUGUAGGCCUGUAUAUCCUCUAAUUCUCUUGUCCCCCUCCCCUGUAUUGAUUGAUAACACCAAAAAUUCAUGCUAAAAAGGAAUUCUUGACAGCUCCACUUGGGCACACACUAGGAAUUAUCAGGAUUCACUAAAGUUUCAUUUCAAGAUGUCGCUACCCAAAAUGGUAAAUGCUUUUAAUGCGUCUUACAAUAUGUGUAAAAAUAUGAAUAGUUUAUUGCAUGUGAAAUAAAGUUUUUUUCAGUUCCAGUAUUUCAACAUGAUACAAAUAGUGACUAGCUAAUGUCAGUCGGGGCAGGGUGAAUAUAUUUCCAUGAGUAAAUCAUUAUUUAUACGCUUAUUACUAUUUAAAAACACAGCAAAUGAGGGCUUUUUCGUUCUGAGAGAUCAAUAGAAAUGAUGAAUCUUCUCUGUCGUCUGGAGUUGUAAAUCUGACAUGUGCAAAUUGGUAACAGUUCAAACAUUAAAAUAUUACUAGCAUGAUACUGAGUAACAACAGGUCAGACAGACAACACAAGAAUACAGAAUCAAAA